GGCGUGGCGGUGACGUCAGGCGAUGGCCGGCGCGGGGCAGCGGCUGCUGCUGGCGCUGGUGCUGGGGGGGGCGGCGCUGUGGGGGGAGGGGGGGGCCCCGUUCGAGCUGCGCGAGGCCCUGGGGGGGCUGCGGGGGGAGAACGCGAGGCUCGAGGGGGCCCUGAGGAACCUGAGCAGGGCCCUGGGGCUGCUGCGGCUGCGGGAGCCCCCCGACCUCAGCUGGACUCAAGGCCCCCCCUUCCCGGACCAGCCCCCCCCUUGCUAUAGGGGGGCCCCCCCCACUUCGGCUGCAGCCCCUCCCCCCACUUUGGGGGGGGUCACCCUGGGGGUGGGGGGCAUCGCCCUCCUGAUGCUCUGAGCCCCCCCCCAUCGCA